AUGCAGGAACAAAUAAAACAUUUUAAAAGUCUUAGAUCCGUUCGUGAACGUUCUAAUAAAGUUUAUGAAAAAGCAAAAACAAACACUCUCAAUCAUUUUCGGGUAGAUUUUUCGAAGCUUCAGGAUGUAGUCACCAAAGUAAUCGCAUUAACUAAACGCGAUUAUAAACAAACUAGCGAUAUCCCGCCACAUGGUCGUUGGAUUCUUAUAAAUGAGUGGAAAUCUAAUUGUGAUGAGCUGGAAAUAACACGUAGACUUUUAGAUUUGUUCGUAAUUUCUGUUUUAUUAGAUGCUGGCGCUGGAAAUGCAUGGUCUUAUAAAGAACAAGAAACUGGGUAUAUCUAUAAUCGAUCCGAAGGACUAGCCAUAGCAUCGUUAGAUAUGUUUAAAUCUGGGAUGUUUUCAACUUUAGAUUCUCAGCCGCAUCAAGUUGAUGGUACGUGUUUACAACAAAUUAAUUCUUUAUUACGAGAAGUUCAUGAGAAUUAUUUAACAUAUUUUUGGUUGACUCAUAUUAUAGCGGAUAGGCUUGAAAAAAUUAGAGUAGAGGAUGUUCGCUUGGCAUUUCAAGUUAAUGAGAAUAAUCCUCUAGAAGGACUUGAAGGUCGUGCUAAUUUGCUUAGUCGUUUGGGUCAUGCUUUGAAAGUUCAAUCUAAAUAUUUCAAAAGCAAUAAUAAUUCUGUGAAUUAUCUAUUGUCAAAUUCUAUAAUCAAUGAGACUGGAACUUUCAUAGAACUUGAUACAUUAUGGUCAGUUAUAGUUUAUGGAUUUUCAGAAAUUUGGCCGCCAACAAGAACUUCUCUAGAAGGCGUAUCAUUAAGAGAUGUUUGGCCAUGCGAAGUACUCAAAUCACCAAAUACUAGUCUUAAUUCCACAGAUCAUUUAGUAUCAUUCCAUAAACUUUCUCAAUGGCUCACAUAUUCUCUCAUUGAGCCAAUGAUAAAAAUAUU